CGGCGAUUCCCAGCAUGACUAACGAUUUCCAUGCUCUCGACGACAUCGGAUGGUACGGCAGUGCGUACCUCCUAACCAUGUGCUCAAUGCAGCUGAUCUAUGGCCGCAUCUACACCUUCUAUCCUCCCAAGCUAGUCUUUCUAGCCAGCAUCUUCCUUUUCGAAAUCGGGUCGGUUGUGUGUGGCGCCGCACCGACAUCAACCGCCUUCAUAGUCGGACGGGCGAUUGCCGGUCUUGGUGCAUCCGGCAUCAUUUCGGGGGUAAUCAUUAUCAUUGUGUAUACGGUGCCUCUGGAAAAACGACCGGUUUUCGUAUCGACUAUGGGCGCCAUCUUCGGCAUUACGUCGGUCAUUUCUCCCCUGCUUGGGGGCGUUAUCACGGAAAAAGCCACCUGGCGCUGGUGCUUCUAUAUCAACUUACCCGUUGGAGCGGUUUCGACAUUGAUUGUGAUCUUCUUUCUGACCCUGGAGCCACCGGCUGAUCGGGAUGCCAAGGCAUCCUGGAAGCAACAAGUCAUUCGAUUGGACCCGAUUGGGUCGAUCCUGUUCCUUCCCGGAAUGGUCUGCUUGCUCCUUGCGCUGCAGUGGGGCGGGACAGAGUACGAAUGGAGCAACGGGAGGAUCAUCGCGUUGCUUGUAGUAUCCGGAGUGCUACUCAUCCUCUUCGCAGUGGUUCAGCACUUCAUGAAAGACAACGCCACCGUCCCCACCCACAUCAUUUCUCAACGAAGCGUCUUCGCUGGCGCGAUCUACGCGGGGUGCAUCGGCGGCUCGAUGAACCCCCUUCUCUACUACCUGUCCAUCUACUUCCAGGCCCUCAAAAAUGCAUCAGCCACUAAAGCCGGCAUCAUGAGCCUUCCGCUCGUCCUCUCCCUAGUGGUCUCCAGCAUCUUAGCCGGCGCGACCACGCAGACGAUCGCCCGUGGCUACUACACCCAGAACCUCAUCCUAGGAUCCGUCAUCGCCUCCGUCGGCACGGGGCUGAUCACCACCUUCCGACCGGACACCGGCCACGCGCAGUGGAUCGGUUACCAGUUCCUCUAUGGUUUCGGCUGCGGGCUAGGCAUGCAGCAGGCCAACCUUGGGGCGCAGACGGUCUUGAGUCGAAAGGACGUGUCCACGGGCGUCUCCUUGAUGUUCUUUUCGCAGUCAUUUGGCGGAGCGCUCUUCAUCGCUGUUGCUCAGAACCUGUUCGCUUCGAAGCUCGUCGACGGGGUGGCUGGAAUUCCCGGGUUAAAUUCCGAGGAUGUUCUAAACGUGGGCGCAACGGCUCUGAGGUCGUUGGUGGAUCCCUCGCAGUUGAAUUAUUUGUUGAUCGCUUAUAACGCUGCUCUAAGGGAUGCAUUUCGCGUGGCGCUGGGCGUGACAGCCUUCUCAAUCGUCGGGGCGCUACUGAUGGAGUGGAGAAGUGUCAAGCCAAGAAAAGAGAAUCAGGAAGCGAAGGCAUAAGCGCUGGG